AUGUUACGAACGGGCGCAUUGUGCUUGCGCAGUGCUCUCCGGCGGUCUUGGUUACGGUCAGCUUCCUCCUUAACUGUGCCCUGGAAUGCAGCUGCUGUUCGUGGUCCACUGCUCUCAAUAAAAUCACCUCAGCAAGUUCGUCUGUUUUCCAGUUCUAAUGGAGAGAAUGACAACCCUGCGUCAUCACCAGAGGAAGAGUCUGGAACGUUAGAGACUGCCAUUGUUGAGGGCACUGAUAUUAGUGGAAUGAGCACCAUCAAUAUACCCGAUGUCUUUCCCAUUGUACCAGUCAUAGCAAUAAAUCGUUACCCAUUGUUUCCUGGCUUCAUAAAGAAAGUAGAUAUAGUGAAGGAUGAUGCACUCAAACAGGUUAUUCGAAACAGAGUUGCUCUUAAGCAACCAUAUGUUGGAGUUUUCGUUAAACAGGACGACGAAAAUAAGGAAGAAAUAGUGUCUUCGUUAUCACAGCUCUACAAUGUUGGAUGUUUUGCUCAGAUCAUAGAAAUGCGUGACCACGGCAAAGUUCUGGAAUUGGUUUUGAGUGCUCAUAGAAGAAUACGCAUAUUGGAACCUGUUGAAGAAGGAGCUGCUGAAGAACCGCACAAAGCUCUCAAUGGCCGAAGAGUAGGAUAUAGAAAAAAGGGAUCAUCGCCACCUCCUAAGCCAUUGCCUAACCCAGCUGAUCGAACAUCAAUCUUGUUAGCUCGAACAGAAAAUGUUAUCGCAGAGCCUGCUGAAAGAAACAAUGAAACAAAAGCGAAGAUGCAGGCUGUGGUGCAAACUAUUCGCGACGUUGUCCAAUACAGUGCGUUAUUCGGGCAGCAGAUAAACCUCCUUCUACAUCCUUCUCAAAACGUGAUUGAAAAUCCCGUGUAUUUAUGCGAUUUGGUUGCUACUCUUGUACAGUCAGCUGACACUAAAGAGCUUCAAGAAAUGAUGGAGGAAAUCAAAGUAUCAAGACGUCUGGACCUUGCAUUGGUCCUCAUUCAGAAGGAGAAAACUGUUGCGAAAUUGAAGUUCGACAUCAAUAAGGAUGUUGAGAAAAAAGUCCAAGAUCAGCACAGGAAAUACCUGCUCAAUGAACAGCUCAAAGUAAUUAAAAAGGAGCUAGGAUUAGAGAAGGACGAUAAGUCCACGAUUAUUGAGAAGAUGGAGGAGCGACUUAAAGAUCUAACUGUACCGGAGUACGCAAUGAAGAAUUAUUCGAGCCUAAAUCUCAAAGGAAUUACCCUCGACUGGUUAACAAACAUUCCAUGGGGAAUCACCUCAGAAGAAAAUAGCGAUCUGCCGAAAGCGAGGAUUGCAUUGGAUAAGGGUCACUAUGGAAUGAAAGACGUGAAGGAGCGCAUUCUCGAAUUCAUUGCAGUGAACAUGCUAAAGGACACGUUUGAAGAGGAUAAAAUUCGUAUGUUCAACGCGAUGGGCCUGGCCGGGGACGGGAAAACAAGCAUCUGCACAGGUCCCAUCAAGCUGAAGCACUCAAUAGACAGUAUUUCCGCUUCUCAGUGGGAGGACGUAUGUGGGAGCUAUGCCUGGAAAAAUGAUACAGUUCGAACCGAAAAUCCGUUGGUGCUGAUUGACGAGGUAGACAAGAUUGGUGGUGCUGGUUAUCAUGGAGAUCCAGCAAGUGCUCUUCUCGAGUUGUUGGACCCUGAACAAAACGCCAAUUUCAAUGAUCAUUUUCUGACUUUGUUUUUCGUUGCUUGCUCUUUCAGUGUGCUUUUUAUUUGCACGGCAAAUGUGACUGAUUCAAUUCCUGGCCCACUGAAGGAUCGUAUGGAAUUGAUAGAUGUGAGUGGUUAUCUAGCGGAGGAGAAAAUCGUUAUUGCGCAACGAUAUUUGAUUCCUCAAGCCCGAACGGAAACACAAUUAUCAAAGCAUUAUUGUCGUGAGUUCGGAGUUCUGAAGCUCCGGUUGAUUUCUGAGACACCUGCUGGUUCUGUGGCGCCUGUUGAUUCUGAGACACCUGCUGCCACUGAAUCGCCUCAGCCCACAAUUGUUGUAAAUAGCGAGAAUUUGGAAAAAUAUGUUAUCAUGGGUCUAGCUUGGACAGCUAUGGGUGGCUCUGCCUUGUAUAUAGAAACAGUACUGAAACGACCUGUAGAUUAUUCAAGUGAUAAAGAAGGUACUUUGGAGGUCACCGGAAAUCUUGGUGAUGUGAUGAAGGAGAGUGUAAAGGCUGCCCUAACGGUCGCCAAAGGGAUCCUUGCUAAAGAUGAACCGGACAAUAGAUUCUUUGACAAGGCUCACAUUCAUAUUCACGUGCCGGAGGGAGCUACACCAAAAGAUGGGCCCUCUGCUGGAGUUACCGUGGUUUCUUCUCUGCUGUCUCUUGCUUUGAAUAAACCAGUUGUACAGGAAAUGGCUAUGACUGGGGAGAUAUCGUUGACAGGAAAAGUUCUGCCUGUUGGUGGUAUAAAGGAGAAAGUCAUUGCGGUCAGGAGCAGGGCACGAAGAGUUGGUGCCAAGAGGAUAUUCCUGCCCGAGGAGAAUCGAAGAGAUUACGACGACCUGCCAGAUUUUAUGAGAGAGGAUCUGGACGUGCGAUUUGUCAGCAACUACUCCGAACUCUAUCGCGACCUAUUUCAAUGA